AUGAUCAGAAAUGCUUUCAUUCUUCUUGCUUGUGCGCCACUGACUUCAGCUUUCAGCUCGAUUUCACAGCAUGCUUCCAUUCGCAAUCACCAAUCCACGAUUUCAUUUGCCAAGCCUCCAUCGGUACAUGAAGAAAAGCUAGAUCUCUUGCAAAUCAAUGAGGAAUCAUCCCCAAUAGUGGUAGUCCAAGAUGUUCCAAAAGCGAUACGUGGCGGUGUGAAUACAGCUGCCAUGGUUGCUGUUUCAGCGGCGGCUUUGACGGCAGCAGUUGCAUUUUCUCAAGUCAGCAAUGCUGUUGACAUUACUUCCAUUACUGGAGGAGCAACUUCCUUGGCGACUAAUGCGAACUCAUUUUUGGGUAGCUUUGGAGAAACAGGGUUCUACCAAGCCUUUAGUCUGGUAUUCCUCAGUGAAAUCGGUGAUAAGACGUUCUUCAUUGCGGGGCUUCUAGCUGCCAGAUUUUCGAAAACCGUCGCCUUUGUGGGAUCCAUCGGAGCCCUUGCCGUCAUGACUGUCAUUUCAGUUCUUAUUGGACAAAUAUUCCACGUUGUUCCGUCAGGUAUUGCAGAUGGCAUCCCAUUGGAUGAUGUUGCUGCUGUAUUGGCCUUUGCCUUCUUUGGUUUCAAGACAUUGAAGGAAGCCUUGGCUAUGGAGGAAGGUACUAGCAUUAUGGACGAAGAGCUCGAGGAAGCUGAAGAAGAGGUCGAAGGGUUCGUAGGAAGUGAUGGCAAGGGCGGGAAAACUGCGUUCGCUCGUGUGUUGAGUAUUUUUGGCCUUGUCUUUGCCGCUGAAUUUGGAGAUCGUUCCUUCCUGUCAACCAUUGCUCUUUCGGCUGCUCAAAAUCCCGUUGGUGUUGCAGUUGGAGGUAUUGCUGCCCAUGCUGUCGCAACCGGUAUUGCUGUAUCUGGUGGUGCUGUCGUUGCCAAAUACUUAUCAGAACGAGUGAUUGGGAUCAUUGGAGGCUCUCUCUUCAUUGUUUUCGCAGUGACUACAGCACUAGGCAUCUUUUAA